AUGGGUUCAGAAAAGAAGCCGGAGCUCGGCUCCGUCAUGGUCAUUGGCGGCUGUGGAUUCUUGGGCCACCACGUUGUCCGCCUGCUGUUGCGAGAUUACACCUGCUCCGUGUCCGUAAUCGACCUGCGCUGCACGCGUAACCGGAGGCCCGACUCGGACGGCGUCGCCUACUUUGAAGCCGACAUCACUGAUGCUGCGAAGCUCGAGAGCAUAUUCUCAAAGGUCAAGCCGGACGUUGUCAUCCACACUGCAUCGCCUGCCGCGCAGGGAAGCGACAGCGUCUCGCACGCCCUGUUCAAGAAGGUCAACGUGGACGGGACCGAGGCCGUGGUGAAGGCAUGCCAAAAGACGGGCGUCAAGGCGCUGGUGUACACGAGCUCGGCCAGUGUCAUGAGCGACAACCGGAGCGACCUCAUCAACGCCGACGAGCGGUGGCCGCUGGUUCGGGGAAAGGACCAGAGCGAGUACUACUCCGAGACGAAGGCUGCCGCCGAAGAACUCGUCCUUGCCGCCAACCGCGCCUCCGCCGCGCCCCAUCUCCUGACAUGCGCCAUCCGCCCCUCAGGCAUCAUGGGCGAGGGCGACACCAUGGUUCUGUACCACCUGAUCAACAUUCUCCGGCAAGGGCGGGAUAACGUGCAGGUCGGGGACAACGACAACCUCUUCGACUUCACCUACGUCGAGAACGUGGCGCACGGGCACCUCCUCGCGGCGCGCGCGCUGCUCCUCACGGCCGCGGCCAAGACGAUCCCCCUCGACCACGAGCGCGUCGACGGCGAGGCCUUCAUCAUCACCAACGACAGCCCCGUAUACUUCUGGGACUUUGCCCGCGCCGUCUGGGCCGCGGCCGGCUCGCCGCGCGGGACGGAGCAUGUCAAAGUCCUCCCUCGUAGCGUCGGCAUGGUGCUAGGCUAUUUCAGCGAGUGGUUUUUCUGGAUUAUCAACAAGCCGCCCACGUUCAACCGGCAACGCAUCAUCUACAGCUGCAUGACGCGGUACUACAACAUUUCCAAGGCCAAGAAGAGGCUAGGGUAUCGGCCGCUCGUGAGCUUGGACGAGGGCGUCAGGAGGUCGGUGAAGUGGACUCUUGAGCAGGAAAAAAAGGCCGAGUGA